UCCCCAUAUAUUUGAACUAUUCCAAAGCGGUAAACUCAAAAUGGCGGCCUCAGUCGGGUCUGGCCGUGAACUUUGGCAGAUCAUCACUGGACAGUCCUUCCUACGCAGUCAGGACCAGGUAGGUGCUGAGCUGCAGAAGAACAAACAGAGACUGCUGAAUGGACUUCUCUUUUACAAACCUCCAAGUGAUGCCUCAGCUAAGACCUUGAAAGAGAAGAAAGAUGUGAAGAAAGAAGUAAAAGACUUCACCAUCAGAGCCAGCAAGUUUCUGGGCCUUGAUGAACUCCAGACCAACUCAUUGAUAGAGCUGUACCUGGCCCAGGACUUCAGGGAAUCACUAGAUGAAUGGGAGACAAAGUUGUCAGAUGAGCGUUAUGCACAGACCCUGCUUGGCAGACUUGCUGACUUCUAUUAUGAAGACAGGAUCUACAUUCUACAGAGUAUCAAACACCUCCUGAGUUACAGUGCAGAUGACAAACACCCAUAUAAGGAGAAAUAUGAUGACUGUCUUCAGAUGUUUGGUGACCAACUGAUCAACAAGGUCAUAGAACAGUACAAAGCAGUGUUUUCCAGAGAGGCACCAUCAGCUGAGACUCAUGGGAAUGCAAUGGAUGAACGACAAGUUGCCAAAUGGGCACUUCAAUGUCUGAGAGAACAGUGUGAACUACUGGAGACUGUAUUCCUGUACUACAAGGAGUAUGAGAUGCACCCUACCAGACUGCUGGAGUUUACCAGGCUAUUUAAGUCCCAGGGUUUUGGCUGCAGACAGACCAACAAACACCACUUCAGUCCUGGGGCAGAGGUUUUUGUCACACGACUAGGUUUCCUGAGUUCCCUGAUCCUGAUAGAAGGCUUGGAUCUGGAGUACCUACAGGAGACACCAGCCUCUGCAGUACCUAAUCAUCCCAUUCCUCAGGACCAGGACACAUUCAAGGCCUUGGACCGUCUCAUUACUGGCUGGGGGGACAACCCCCACCAUGCCCCAGUAUUGCUUGGUUGGGCGGCUCUACGGUUUGUGGCCCUACCAGACGACACCAGUCCUACAACCAGGAAACUUGGUUCAGCAGCCCUGAAUAUUGGAGUCUUCCAAUAUCUGGCUGGUUUACUGAACACUGAACCAUUCUCUGGGCAAACUGUGCUAGCUGGUGUGGUGAGGUUGAUAGUGCGAGGCCUGCUGUCCACAGUACUGUCCAUGUUCCAUGAAGACACCCUGGGUGGGAUCCAUGACCUCAUCUCCGUGGUAACCCCCGUCCUGGAGCAGAAACAACUCUGUAGGCUCUUCUGGGAGUCUGACCAGACUUCAGGGUUGGGUGUACUACUCCAGUCUGCCUGUAACAGGUUCCCGCUGGAGUUCUCCCCACUGCUGAGACUACUGACAGCCCUGGCAGUAGACAGGGAGACCACAGACAGGGUCAGUGUUGGAUAUUACAGUUUAACUAGUCCAAUAAUAGUAGAAAACCCUGUACAUGCUUUUGAUGAUAAAAGUAGACAUUCAGAAGAAGGCUUAGGACAUCUGUGUUGAGACUACACGCAUCUGUAUCAGCUAUAUAGCCGUGCCCUUCGGCAUAAC